AUGUUGAGACGUGCCUUUUCCACCGCCAAGUUAUCCAAACCCUACCUAUGGGAUAAAUUACCCGGCGAAGGUGUCCAACCUCGAAAGGGUGUGGAAAAGUUAAUGGGUUCUUUAAGAGCCAAUCGUUUCAGCGAACCAUUUCCAGUCAACACCACACCCAAGGAUCGUUUCGAUGUAGCUAUUGUGGGCGGUGGCAUUGUUGGUUUGGCUACAGCCAGAGAAAUCUUGAAGCGGUAUCCAGAAAAGACCGUGGUUGUCUUGGAAAAAGAAGAUCAAGUAGCAGCACACCAAACAGGUCAUAACUCGGGCGUGAUUCAUGCCGGUUUGUAUUACAUCCCAGGAUCUCGGAUGGCCCAUACCUGUGUACGUGGUGCUGAGCUUAUGUACAAGUAUUGCGAGGAAAAACAGCUACCAGUAGAGAGGUGUGGUAAAUUCAUUGUUGCAGCCAAUGAGGGUGAGCAUGCGCAAGUCGAAAAGUUGUAUAGCCAAGGGACCGCCAAUGGUGUUCAAGGACUCGAGAUUAUAUAUCGAGAUCAGAUAAAAGAGAUGGAGCCCAAUGUUUCAGCGUAUAGUGCAUUGCAUUCUCCAAACACAGGCAUCACCAACUAUUGGCUUGUCGCCCAAACCAUUGCCGAUGAAAUACGCGAAUCAGGACGUGGUGAUAUCAAGCUCUCAUUUGAAGUGGAUAAGAUGGAAACGACCAAGGAUCGAAAAGUAUUGGUUUAUGGAAGAGAACCAGGUCAAUUUGGUCCUGUGCUACACGUGGAAGCUGCCAAUGUCAUUACAUGUGGUGGAUUCUACUCUGAUAGACUUGCCAAACUCAAUGGUGGGAAUUAUCGAGCCAACCGAAUUGUCACUUUUCGAGGAACGUAUUACCAGCUCAAAUCCGAGUAUCGUACCUUGGUAUCUCGUAACAUUUAUCCAGUGCCAAGCGGUGGUGGUAUUCCCGUAGGCGUGCAUUUUACUCCUACAGUUGAUGUGCGAAGAGGUCAUCAGCUUAUUGUAGGACCUGGUGCAUGUAUUACUUUUUCAAGAGAAGGAUACAAGUUCUUUGAUACCAAGUUCUUUGAUCUUUAUGAGUUUGCUACCAAUAUGGCAUUUUGGCAAUUCGCAUUCAAGAACUUUACAUUAUCGAUGGGUGAACUCUAUCGUGAUCUCAACAAGUCUGCAUUUUUGAGAAGUGGUCAAAAGUUUAUUCCAUGUCUCAGUGAUGAAAUGGUAGAACCAAGCUUUUCUGGGAUCAUGUCACAAGUAUUUGAGCCUGGUGGAGGUGCUGCUGGGGACUAUAUCAUUGAGCGUAAUUGCAUGGAUGGAUUAGCCAUCAAUCUUCGUAACGCCCCUUCGCCAGCUGCCACUGGAUCCUUUGCCAUUGCCGAGAUGAUGAGUGAUAUUGCUGCUGACGAUUUUGGUUGGAAACAAUAA